AUGCCGCUACCAAUUAUUGUUUUGAUAUUAAAGGGAAUUUCUAAAACAAUGUGCUCUCCAAGUUUGAAAGCAUACUGUAUAGACAGCUUACCUGAUUUGAAAAGGGACGCAAUUGCUUCGAAUUAUAUGAUUGGAUUCACAGCUGCUGUUAUUGUUUCUGCUCCUAUCUUGAUUCGGAUUCAAGCUUAUGGUAUUGAAUGGGCAUCUUCUAUAACAUCAAUUUUCCUAUGGGUCGGUUAUGGCUGCUCGUUGAUUCUAAUAUAUUAUGGAGCUGAAAAGACCUAG